AAAUUAUGACUUUUAUUAUCUUGAAAAAUUCGCAUUUGUUCCCAGCCGUAUACCUUUUUCUGUUGUAUGCACACGCGUGUUCGCGUUAAUUAUUCGCGUUAAUUAAUCGCUCUUAUAUUAUAUAUACGUAUAUAUUCUCCGAGAUUUACUCAAUCAACGCCCUCACCGCCGUAAAAACACUUUUAUAUAGAACAUAUCUGCUGCGCGGCGGCGAGUAAGCAUGUGAAUAUAUGUAUAUUGGCUGGCCACUUAAUUGGGUUUUGCUGGACUGAAGUGGAGGAGACUCGCGGGGGUGUCGUGAUACGUGAUAGCGUGAUAGAUAGUAGUAGACGGUGAACGUCGUAUGAUCGUAGUUUUGUGCGUUGGUCCGUUUGGUGGUGUGAACGGUGUGUGAUGUGAAUACGAAAGGUCGCGGCUCGCUUAUAUCCACGAAAACUAACCCAUUGUAAAUAUAAUGAUAAGAUACUGACGAAUCGAUCAUAGAGAAUAGAACUUUAGCGAGGCACAUAUUAUUCAAGUCUUCCGCACGCACGAAUCACGCACAACAAACACGACAAUUAGAGGUUAAAACGCUUAGACCGUUCGUAUUUAUUUUUCUCGUGUGGUGAGGUGCAAUGGGGCUGGGAAAUUUUAAAGUUAGAUUAUUUAUCGCUAUUACGAUAGUGCUUGUUGUUUGGCAAUCUGCACUAAAGUUCUGGUCUCUUCCAAACAACGAUUCUGAACUUUCCAAAGAAGUGAACGAAGCUGCUAAGAAUGGAGCGAUUGAACCAGAAAUUCAGAAGGUACUUGUAACUGUCUAUUACGAAGCCCUCUGUCCCGACUCUCGGAGUUUCCUCAUCAAACAGCUGGAACCAACCUAUCAAAGUCUCAAUGAACAUAUCACCGUAGAAAUGGUUCCCUAUGGCAAAGCAAUUACAACGAAAAAGGACGACAGCUAUGAAUUCUCAUGUCAGCAUGGGCCAGCAGAAUGCGAAGCAAACAUGAUCCAUGCGUGUGCAAUCGAUAUAAUCAAAAAUCCAUCCGUCCGCCUAGAAUUUUUGGUCUGCAUGAUUAAGGACAAUUUAAAUCCUAUUGACAUAACGAAAUCUUGUGGAGAGAAGAUGAAUUUGGAUGUUGCAUCGAUAUUGGAUUGUAAAGAGAACCUCAAGGGUAAAGAGUUGUUGGCAAUGUAUGGAAAACAGACGGAUGAUCUACGCCCCAAAAUCAGUUUUAUACCUACUAUUACGCUGGACAAAAACUCGGAUAACCAGCGAGAAAUCUUGAAGAAUCUGUUAAAAGAAGUUUGUCGAUUGUACAAAGUUCCACCGAAGGGUUGUGAAUUAUAAUAUCGAAAAGAUCCGAAGUGACUUUCAAUUGACGAAUGUAAUUAAACCCGGUCAUAUUACUUUAUAUUGGACACGAAGCGCGCACGUUUUUCGUAUAAAAUAGCUAAUGCCAAAAAAUUGUUGGUCUCCCAAUCGUAUUGAGAAUGCAUGAAGCCCGUUGGAAAAGUGUGUUUCCAAAGGGAAAAAUGCAUACAAAGAACAAAUAAUUAUGAACAUGCGUGUUAUUUCACUUAUGUGUGUAUGUACGUUCGAACAAAUUAUAUUUAUACAUUGUUGAGCUAUAA